CACUGCCACACCAAAGACCACAACAGCCGCUGGAGCCCUUCAGUGUCAAACCUGCAUAGAUCAGAUGUGUUCAAGCACAGCACUAAAAACAUGUUCUUCAGAGACGAUGUGUAUUACAGCUACUAUUUUAGCUUCCUCAUCUGGAACUACGGCAAUGCAAAUCUACAAGGCAUGUGCAUCUUCCUCCCUGUGUCCAGCUACAGGCUCUCAGACAUUUUCAGUUAACUUGGGUAAUCAAAGUGCUCUUGCAUCUGCCACGUGCUGCAAAACAGAUAGCUGCAACUCAAAAACUCUGGCUGCCCCUAAUCCUCAGUCACAUAAUGGCCGACUAUGUAAUGUUUGUUCCACCCCUUUGUGCAACACUCCAUUACAGUGUCAGGGAGUGGAGGAACAAUGCAUUCAAUCCAUCAUGAUUGACGGCACCAAGGCUUUUCCAGCUUACGGCUGUGCAUCUAGAAACCUGUGUGCAGCUGCGACACGCCUGGGUUCUCUACCUUUCAUGCAAAAAGUUGGUACCAUCAUAAGUGGGCCAACCUGUACUUCAUCCAUGACAACUACAACACACACCACAAAAACAAUUGCUCAAAAUACAAAUGCAGCACAGACGGAGUCAACUGCAGUACCAACCACAAAAUCAGUUGCGCCAACCAGGACCACUGAAGCUAUAACUACCACAAAAGCUGCUCAACCCAUGACCACUGCGGCACCAACCACAACAACCACCACUUUGGGACAAACAACCACAAAAACCACAAAAACUGCACCAACCACAACCACUGCGACAUCCAAAACCACGACAACUGCAGGUCCAACCACAACAGUUGCUGCUCCAACAAUGACAACUGCUGGACCAUCCACGACAGCAGCACCAACCACCACAACUGGGGCACCAACAACCACAAAAGCCAAUCCAACCACAACAGUUGCGGCUCCAGCAACAAAUGCUGCGGCACCAUCCACAACAGCCAAACAAAGCACCACCACUGUGCCACCAACGACAACAACAGCUACUCCAACCACAGCAAAUGUGACUGCGACUAUGAAAGCUGCAGGAGAAUCCACGACAGCUGAACUGUCCACAACCACUGCCACAUCAACAAUCAUUACAACUACGGCUCCGACCACAACAGUUGCAGCUCAAACAACGACAACUGCUGGACCAUCCACGACAGCCGAACCAAGCAAAACCACUGUGGCACCAACAGUCACAACAGUUGCUCCAACCACAGCAGUUGUGGCCCCAACAACAACAACUACAAGACAUUUCACGACAGCAGCACACACAGCCAGCACUGUGGGACAAACAACCACAAAUGCUGCACCAACCACGACGAGUGCAGCUCUAACCACAACAACUGUGGGAGCAUCCUCGACUACAGCAGCACCAAAAUCCACCACUGCACCACCAACAACCACAACAACUGCACCAACCACAACCACUGCGACAUCAACAACCACAACAACUGCGGCUCCAACCACAGCAGUUGCUGCUCCAACAACCACAACUGCGGGACCAUCCACGACAGCAGCAACCACAACCAUGACAACUGUGACUCAAACCACAACAAUUGCGGGAACAUCCACAACAACUGCAGGACAAUCCACUGCAGGAGCACCAACAACCACCACUGCAGCACCAACAGCCACAACAACUGCACCAACCACAACCGUUGCAACAUCAACAAUCAUUAGAACUGCGACUCCAACCACAACGGUUGCUGCUCCAAUUACGAAAUCUGUGGAAACAUCGACAACAGCUGAACCAACCACAACCACUGCGGCAUCAACAAUCAUUACAACUGCGACUCCAACCACAACAGUUGCAGCUCCAACAAUGACAACUGCUGGACCAUCCAUGACAGCAGCGCCAACCACCACAACUGGGGCACCAACAACCACAACAUUUGCGACUCCAACAACGACUGCAGCUGGACCAUCCACUACAGAAGCACCAACAACCACCACUGCAGCAGCAACAACCACAAACUCUGCUCCAAACACAACAGCUGCCACUUCAACUGCUGGACCAUCUACUACAGCAGCAUCAACAACCACCACUGCAACACCAACCAGAACCACUGCGACAUCAACAACCACAACAACUGUGGCUUCAACCACAACAGUUGCUGCUCCAACAACGACAACUGCAGGACCAUCCACGACAGCAGCAACCACAACAGCUGCCACUUCAACAACAACAACCGUUCCAACCACGACAACAGCUGUACCGACCCCGACCACUGCCACACCAAAGACCACAACAGCCGCUGGAGCCCUUCAGUGUCAAACCUGCAUAGAUCAGAUGUGUUCAAGCACAGCACUAAAAACAUGUUCUUCAGAGACGAUGUGUAUUACAGCUACUAUUUUAGCUUCCUCAUCUGGAACUACGGCAAUGCAAAUCUACAAGGCAUGUGCAUCUUCCUCCCUGUGUCCAGCUACAGGCUCUCAGACAUUUUCAGUUAACUUGGGUAAUCAAAGUGCUCUUGCAUCUGCCACGUGCUGCAAAACAGAUAGCUGCAACUCAAAAACUCUGGCUGCCCCUAAUCCUCAGUCACAUAAUGGCCGACUAUGUAAUGUUUGUUCCACCCCUUUGUGCAACACUCCAUUACAGUGUCAGGGAGUGGAGGAACAAUGCAUUCAAUCCAUCAUGAUUGACGGCACCAAGGCUUUUCCAGCUUACGGCUGUGCAUCUAGAAACCUGUGUGCAGCUGCGACACGCCUGGGUUCUCUACCUUUCAUGCAAAAAGUUGGUACCAUCAUAAGUGGGCCAACCUGUACUUCAUCCAUGACAACUACAACACACACCACAAAAACAAUUGCUCAAAAUACAAAUGCAGCACAGACGGAGUCAACUGCAGUACCAACCACAAAAUCAGUUGCGCCAACCAGGACCACUGAAGCUAUAACUACCACAAAAGCUGCUCAACCCAUGACCACUGCGGCACCAACCACAACAACCACCACUUUGGGACAAACAACCACAAAAACCACAAAAACUGCACCAACCACAACCACUGCGACAUCCAAAACCACGACAACUGCAGGUCCAACCACAACAGUUGCUGCUCCAACAAUGACAACUGCUGGACCAUCCACGACAGCAGCACCAACAACCACAAAAGCCAAUCCAACCACAACAGUUGCGGCUCCAGCAACAAAUGCUGCGGCACCAUCCACAACAGCCAAACAAAGCACCACCACUGUGCCACCAACGACAACAACAGCUACUCCAACCACAGCAAAUGUGACUGCGACUAUGAAAGCUGCAGGAGAAUCCACGACAGCUGAACUGUCCACAACCACUGCCACAUCAACAAUCAUUACAACUGCGGCUCCGACCACAACAGUUGCACCGCAAACAACGACAACUGCUGGACCAUCCACGACAGCCGAACCAAGCACCACCACUGUGGCACCAACAGUCACAACAGUUGCUCCAACCACAGCAGUUGUGGCCCCAACAACAACAACUACAGGACAUUUCACGACAGCAGCACACACAGCCAGCACUGUGGGACAAACAACCACAAAUGCUGCACCAACCACGACGAGUGCAGCUCUAACCACAACAACUGUGGGAGCAUCCUCGACUACAGCAGCACCAACAACCACCACUGCACCACCAGCAACCACAACAACUGCACCAACCACAACCACUGCGACAUCAACAACCACAACAACUGCGGCUCCAACCACAGCAGUUGCUGCUCCAACAACGACAACUGCGGGACCAUCCACGACAGCAGCACCAACCACCACAACUGGGGCACCAACAACCACAAAAGCCAAUCCAACCACAACAGUUUGCAGCUCAAACAACGACAACCGCUGGACCAUCCACGACAGCCGAACCAAGCACCACCACUGUGGCACCAACAACCACAACAACUGCACCAACCACAACCACUGCGACAUCCAAAACCACGACAACUGCAGGUCCAACCACAACAGUUGCUGCUCCAACAAUGACAACUGCUGGACCAUCCACGACAGCAGCACCAACCACCACAACUGGGGCACCAACAACCACAAAAGCCAAUCCAACCACAACAGUUGCGGCUCCAACAACAAAUGCUGCGGCACCAUCCACAACAGCCAAACAAAGCACCACCACUGUGCCACCAACGCCAACAAUAGCUACUCCAACCACAGCAAACGUGGCUGCGACUACGAAAGCUGCAGGAGAAUCCACGACAGCUGA